CGACGAUUUUAUAAACCGACUUUUUUUAUUUUGAAAGCCAAAUUUAAUAUUUAUCUCUUAUAAGAAUUGUUUUGAAUAACAAUUACAUUUUUUUAUCCCAGGAAUUACAUUUUUACGCUUAUCAAGUUUUUUCUAUUUCUCUUUUACGCUUAAAAAAGCGCAGAGGUAAAUAAAUUAAACUAUAUUUUACAAAAACACAAGCGCAAAAAACAAAAGAUGCAAAAUUAUUAUACCAAAGGACAUUAAAUAACUUUCUGAGCUAGUGGCAACUGUAUAUUUAAAACUCGUAUUUAAAUUAUAGUGAGUAAAUUAUUAAAUUUUUUAAAAAUGCCGGGGUUAAUACUGUUUAAUCGCAGGUGGAUGUUAGGUAGUGAUGAUUUGGUUAUUCCGUUUGGCUUAUCUUUUAUCAUUCGAGGCAUUGGAUUUUUAAUUAUGGUAUGUUUUUUUGCUGCUGACUAUGUUAUUCGUGAAGAGCGAUUUUGUUUAAAAACCUUAAAAAAAUAUUCGUUGGUUUACAUUUUUGCCUUAUUUUUUUCGUCAUUGACUGAUUUAGUUAUUGCCUUUGUUAGUAGCAGAGGCACGAUUUAUGAAGAUGUAAAAAGAAAACCGAUAUCUAAGCUGUUGUAUCUUCGUUCUCUGAUUUUGAUUUUUGAGAUCUGUUCUGCUUGCUUUGGUUGCUAUCAUGUAGUUACCUUAAAAUGUCAAAGUGAAAUAAGACCAAAUAAAUUGCUACCUAUUAUUGCUUGUUGUUGUAACUUUUUACAAGUAGUUGUUUGUUUUAUAAUAAUCAUAAUUGGAUUUGAUUCUGCUGGAAAUCUUUGGUAUAAACUAGUACAGAAAAAUAAAUAUAACUCUGUAGAAGUACUGAAAUGUAAACAAGAAAUUUCAGAAAAAUAUCGAAAAGAUUGGCUGAAACAUUGCAAACUUUUUUUUUGUUGCACAAAAAAAGAAGUGUCAAAAGAUAACGUUUUGCGAUUUGCUGCUAAACUUUUUGCUGAUUAUUUUCGAAGUUAUACAGAUCUUGUACCAACUGAUAUUCUUGCUGGUCUAAUACUGUUGAGAGAAAAGCAAAAGUAUGAAGAAAAUAUGGUUGUUGAGAAUGAGUCAAAAAAUGUAAAACCCAUUCGUGAACAAUUUAGUAAGCGUAAAACAAGUUACUCUGUUCAUAGAAGUCAGAAAACUUUACAUUCAAGACCAUUCAAUCCAGAAGAUAAGGAUGAGAUAAGUUUGCUUGAUGAAUUAACUCACUUUGCUAAGUAUGCUUUGGCUUGCUAUGGAUGGCCAAUGUUUUGCUUUCUCCAUAACAUUCCUAUAUGUUGUCCACUUGGAUGCAGGCUUAUGUCACAUACGAGGUGUUGCUAUAGUUGUCAAAAAGAAGAGAAAUAUCCCAUUAUUAUUGGGGAUAAUUGUUGCUUAUGUAAUUUAGCCGCAGAAGAGGUUACUUUGGAUAAAGGCAAUGAUAGUUUCGUAUAUGUUAACUACUCCAACAAGGUUUUUCAAACUCCGUUUAAUAUUAUUUUGGAUCAUUAUAAAAAGUCUAUUGUGAUUUCAUGCAGAGGAACUCUUUCUUUUAAGGAUAUUUUGACUGAUCUGGCAAUAAAUGAAGAGUGUAUACCAGGUUGUGAUCCAAAAUGGACUGGACAUAAGGGUUUUAUUUCUGCUGCUGUUCAAAUCAAAGCCAUAAUUGAAGAGAAACGUUUAAUUGAAAAAGCACAAGAAAUGGCUUCUGAGGAAUAUAAAAUUGUCAUUGUUGGGCAUUCUCUUGGGGCUGGUACAGCUACAUUGCUUGCAUUUCUUUUUAAGUCAAAGUAUCCUUCACUUGUUUGUUAUGCUUACGGUCCCUCUGGAUCAGCAGUAAGUUACGAAGCUUCUUUAUAUGCAAAGAGGUUUAUAUAUUCAGUUGUUCUUGGGAAAGAUAUAAUAUCUCGACUAAAUAUGCACACUUUGAAUGAAUUGCGGCAUAACAUCUUAGAGCUUUUAAGCAAGUGCAAUUUACCAAAAUGGAAGAUUAUCAGAGGAUGCUUAUGUGAUUGUGGUUUAUGUGGAACUGGAUCUUCAAAAUCUAACUUUGCAAAUUUUUUCAAAAAUAACAAAGAUAUGUUAAACAUCAAACCUUAUAACCCUGAAAAUGAAAAUAAGUUGUAUAUGGCUGGGAAAGUGGUUCAUAUUUGCAAGAUAAAAUCUGUGUAUGGAAGAUUUUCACGCAAGUUCUCAAUUUAUGAAGCAUAUUGGUCAGUUCCAGAAGAUUUUCAAAACAUUCUCAUCUCUCGUCUGAUGCUUCAGGAUCAUUUUCCUGAUGCCUUGAUUGAUGCUUUGAAUAGUAUUCCUGAAAAAACAAGUAUUUGUGACGAUAAUGAUGAUAAGAUAUUAAAUGUUAUUAGUGAGGCAUAGAAUCUUAUUCAACAUACAAAUGGUUUUUUACUUAUUAGUUACGAUAUUAGCAUUGGAUGCUCUCACGGCAAUAAUGUUGAAGUAAAUUUAGAAUUUUUUUUAUUUUUAUUUUUAUUUUCAUAUAAACAGAGAUGAAUUCAAUUAUUUUAACUUUUUACUAAAGUUAUUUCAUAAUAUAAAUAUAAAAAUGUAGCUAAUUUGUAAUUGAGUUGUUUUUUUGUUUUUUUUUAAUUUUUAGAUUGUUAAUAAGUUAUAUAUAAGAAUGUAGUUCAUUGUUGCGAAUUUGUAAAUAUUUUUUUCAGUCAAAUAAUUUUUUGUUUUUUAUAA